AUGGUUGUUUACACAAAGGACACACAGUUAGCACUAAUUCACAUCCCACUACCCUUGUACUAUACUUUUCUACAGCCCAUUCUUGCUCUCCUUCUGCCUGCCAAAAAUCGACCCGACUCAUCUGGAAGCGAUGGCAUCUCGAAUGCACGACCAAGAACAUGGCCUUAUGAGCACCCUUUCGUCAAUGUCUCAGUCACGCCGGUCGAAUGCUCAGUAGUUUGCUCUCGAGUUUCUGCAGAAAAGCUGUUCCUUCCAGUUCUCGAAGCACUUCCAGAAACAUCUCGUUCGCAAGUCUCUGUGGGCAAUGAGGACUUCAUAGUAAUGCAAGUUGACGGUGAAGGUCUAGAUGCUGGCCAACGAGUACUUGAAUUGACAAGUCCACUUGCAAUGGCUGGAAUCUCGAUAUUCUUCAUUACCACCUAUUUCUCCGACUACAUACUCGUGCCCCUCCGAUGCCGAGGACAAGUCGUCCAUGCCCUGGAAGAUCGUGGAUUUCAAUUCGAGCAGAACACAUCCACUUAUGUCAAUCCGACUCACCAACGCCGAGCAUCUACUGACAUCCCACCACCUCCAGGGACGCCACCACCUGCGACCGUCCACGAGCUCCAGACCAGAACUUUUGCUACGCUAAAGCGACGUCACAUUGUGCCAACGGUUGACUCAGAACUGCGUCUCAUUCAGUGCGCAGGCAGCCGAGAUAGCUCAAUCCACACCAAUGGGAAUGAUUCAAAGUCUUUCUCUCCUCAAGACGAUGCUCUGCACCUUGGACUUGUGAAAUGCUUCAUCACACUACCGCAUCCUCCGUUUCUUUCACUUACCUUGACGGAUACGGAGCCUGCUUCCGUCUUACUGGAACAAUCACUUGUAUCCAACUUCACUUCUCGCGAUAACGUGCUACUUGGGACGCAGUCAGACUGUCUUAUACCGAUCACGCUUGAUUUGCGAGACCUACCGCUCGAAGCUACUGGUAUUGUAUGCGGCGUAGCAGGCAGACUGGUGGGUGGAACAGCGCAUGGCAGUCUCCAAAGCCCAGUGGAGAUGAGCUAUCUCAGCACAGCGCGUGCCGGUACUGUCAUGGUCAGCGAGGACGAGCUCGACCGAGCACUCGAGGCACUCAAAGGUGGCGAGAACGGGGUCUUGGCGGAUUGA